AUGUUUUAUCCGUGCCGGUGGCUCGGCGGGCACAGGCUUUGUGAUCUGAUGAUGGCUCUCGUUAUGGAACCUAUUAGCAAGUGGACGCCCAAGCAAGUAGUGGAUUGGAUGAAAGGCCUCGAUGACUGCCUCCAACAAUACAUCAAGAACUUUGAGCGGGAGAAGAUCAACGGGGAGCAGCUGCUGCACAUCACCCACCAGGAGCUGGAGGAGCUGGGGGUCACCCGCAUCGGCCACCAGGAGCUCAUCCUGGAAGCGGUGGAUCUUCUCUGUGCGUUGAAUUACGGUUUGGAGACUGAAAACCUGAGGACUCUGUCCCACAAGCUGAACGCCUCAGCCAAGAACCUGCAGAAUUUCAUCACGGGUCGGAGGAGGAGCGGCCACUAYGACGGCAGAGCCUCCCGACGGCUGCCAAACGAUUUCCUUACCUCUGUAGUUGACCUGAUUGGUGCUGCCAAGAAUUUACUUGCCUGGCUGGACAGGUCUCCGUUUGUCAGCAUGACAGAAUAUUCACUGCUGAAAAACAACAUUGUUCAACUGUGCCUGGAACUCACAACCAUUGUGCAACAGGAUUGUACGGUGUAUGAAACAGAAAAUAAAAUUCUUCAUGUGUGUAAAACCCUGUCUGGGAUUUGUGACCACAUCAUCUCACUCUCAUCUGACUCCCUGGUGUCACAGUCAGCCCAUCUCGAGGUGGUUCAUCUCACCAGCAUCAUGCCCAGUGAGGGGUUGGGAAUGUAUAUCAAAUCAACAUAUGAUGGACUACAUGUAAUCACAGGAACAACUGAAAAUUCUCCUGCUGACCAGUGUAAGAAAAUCCAUGCUGGUGAUGAGGUGAUCCAGGUCAACCACCAAACUGUGGUUGGCUGGCAGUUAAAGAACCUGGUAAAUGCACUGUGGGAAGACCCAAAUGGAGUGAUUUUAACCUUGAAAAAGCGACCUCAGAAUACGCUGGUSUCUGCUCCUGCCCUGCUGAAGAAUGUGAGGUGGAAGCCUCUUGCACUGCAGCCUGUGAUCCCAACCAGCCCCACAAGCAGCUCCACAACCCCAACGAGUACCAUGGGCAUGUCCUCAAAAAUGGACAACUCCGCGCUCCAGGACGUUUUCAUUCUCUCUCCCAUGUCAGGACUUUAUGGCCCCAGGGAUGAAAUUGGAAUCAUGUCCUGCGAUGACAUCAGCAAAUUUGGCAAGUCUGGGAUGAAAGGCUCUGAGUCUCCCAACUAUUUCCUGGAGCAYGAGAGUGGGAAAUACUACACGCUGAUGGAAGGGGAAGGACACCCUGGGGGCUCUGAGUACGACAGGGGCAGAGCCACGGGCGUCAGGAGAAGGGAAAAAACACCCACCCAUGGAGAUUUAAGGCCAGUCUCGAUGCCAACCGAGUACAGCUGGAUAGGGGAGUCCAAAGAACAGAACAUGUACAAGAGGGGAAGCAGAGACUCUGAGAAUUCGCUGCUGCGGUACCUGAGCGACGACAAGAUCCUGGUGAUCCAGGAGGAGCCCCUGACGCAGAAGGACAGCAAAAGGGACACGGGCAAGAGGUCCAGGAAAAAGGGCAAACCCCCAGGGAACCCCAGUUACCCCAUCAGCCCCUCGGUGCUGGCGUCCAGCGUCAGUGUCCGGCUGGAGCCGGGGCAGCAGGACGUGCUCAGCUUCUCGCUGGCGGAGAACAACACCGUUCCGCUUUACCAUAGAGCAGGGGACACAGUCAGUGGAGAUACUGAAAGAUAUGCAAGUUCUGCCAUUGACCAUCCAGGAAGCACAUCCAUGAGGAAGUCAUUCCAUUACGCUUCCCUCAGGGUAAAAAGCAGAAAAUGGUCAAAAGGGAGUUCCCUCUCCAGUGUGAGCAGGAGACGAAUUUCCUGCAAGGACCUGGGCCAUGGAGACUGCGAAGGCUGGCUCUGGAAGAAAAAGGAUGCCAAAGGUUAUUUCACCCAGAAAUGGAAAAAGUACUGGUUCAUUCUGAAGGAUUCCUCCCUGUACUGGUACACAAACCAGAACGAUGAAAAAGCAGAAGGAUUCAUCAGCUUACCYGAGUUCAGGAUAGACAGAGCAAUUGAAUGCAGGCGAAAACAUGCCUUCAAAGCAUGUCACCCCAAAAUAAAGAGCUUCUACUUCGCAACCGACUGCCUUGAAGAGAUGAACAGGUGGAUGAAUCGUUUGGGUCUCGCUGCAAUUGGUUACACACCUGAUGACAARGAUAUUCACCCAGAUGAAGCAGAUUACUGGAGUGAAAGCGAUCAGGAYGACAUCGAUGGCUCCCUCACCCUGAAGCAGGAGGGCUCCUCCACGCUGUGUGACACCUACCACCGAACCCCCUCAGUGAACUCUUCAAGUCCAUUCCCUGAAGCCAAGCAAGGUCGACACUUUUCCAGUGAAUCAACGUAUUCCCACUCUUCUGCCGAGGACUCGCGGCAGGAUGUCGCAGGAAGCACACACUCCUCGGGGUGCAGACCUCCCUACCGAGAACGGCGCUCGUGGCAGGACCUGAUAGAGACUCCCUUAACCAGUUCAGGGCUCCAUUUCCUUCARACUGUCCCUCCAGAGGCCGAGUACAUGAGUGGCCGGUCCGGAAUGUCACCGGACAGACGGAGACAAGCCACGCUGCCCGUCCAGAGGCGUCACAAUUUUGAGCAGGAUGGGCCGUUCCCUCUGGUGGAAUGYCCGAGGGGACACAGCUCCCAUGGCCGGCCCCAGAAACAACGCAGCCAAAGCCUUCCCCGAAACAGAGACGUCAGGGGGAAGGGACACGUAAAGUCCAUYGAAGGUUCCGAUGACAAUCUGGAAGAGAAGGUUCCUAUUAGAAGGCACAAUAGUUUCUGUGCAGAAGAAAACAUAAAAGAAAUUGAAGAAACCACAGAUGGUCUGCAAGAGCUCUACAGAACUCUGGAAGAAGCCAGUCUGUCAGCUUUUGGAGAGCAGCGUCCCUCCACCAAGCAGGAGUUCCGCAAGUCUUUUGUGAAGCGAUGUAAYGACCCAGUGAUCAAUGAAAAGCUGCACCACAUCCGAGUUCUCAAGAGCACUUUGAAAGCAAAGGAAGGGGACCUCACAGUUAUCAACAGCCUUCUGGAUGAYCCCAACUUAACAUCAAAGAAGUUCAAAGAUUGGAAAUUAAAGAACUAUGAGUUUUUCCUGGACAUUUGUGAGUACAGUGCUGCUGGGAAGUCUCAAAACGGAGCCUCUGAACUGGGCAGCUCAGCCCCAAUGCUGACACACACGCACUCCUUCAUCGAGACCCACGUGUGACGGGAGCCUCAGCCUGAGGUGCAGCUGGGUGCCCAGUCCAGUCAGACAAACACUGUCRUAUUUAUUGAUAAGGUACUCAGCAGUACUGUAAAUACUUGGGUAAGAGAAUAGUGCCACAGGAUGCCUACUACAUUGCAUGAUAAGACAAUAAUAUUCUUUAUGAAGUUUUUUAGUUUGCUGUUAUCAACCAAUGUCCGUAUCAAGCUCUGCAUUAGAAAGAAGUGGUGCAGAAGAGUAACUGAAAAUAAAUACCAGUAUAUUUAAAGUACUGUACUAAAACUCAGCUUAUAGUAUGAGUUCCUACAAUCAUUUUAUAUAUUUAGAUAUAUAUAAACACAUAUCUAUGUAUAUAAAAUGUAACAUGGUAGUUGACAUUUCCUUUAAAAAUGCCCUAAAGUUCACAUUUUCACACAUUUUUUCUUGAACAAAAAUAGAAAAAUGAAGACAUAAAUCCAUUGGCCACUCUUAGAGAUGAACAUUUAUUUUUGCAACAUUUCCAGGUAGUGACCAUCUUUGCAAAUAAAAGGACAGAGUUAUCAAAAUGUAAACUCAAUCCCUAUAGUGUGCCUUAAAAUGUACACUGUACAUCUAAGAAAUAGAUCCCAGUCUGGCCCUAUGGGCACUCUGUACAUGCCAUUUAAAUACUGUGUUUGUAACGUGCUGUGCCUGCCUUUCAAACGAAGGAACACGAGCAAGCAGGUUUGGCACAGAGGUAAGAUAUGAGUAGAACAAUAUUGGUUGUUCACUAAUGCUGCAACUUAAACUGGUUUUAAUAGAAUUUGAAGUAUUUCAUGGUGAAAGAAAAAAAAAAAAAACAUCUGCACUGAGUAAGGUACAUACUGCAGGUUUUCAUCGUUUCUUCACUGUGAAUAUAAGUGACACAUGACUGUGAGUCACAAAAUUCAAAAAAGCAUGAGAAUGAAGCUAAAAAAAAACCUCCUGAACUAAUCAAUCACAUUCUGUGAUAGACUGACAUAUAUAGCUGAGUUAAUUAUUCAAAAUUAUGUAAUGUCUGGCAAUAAUUUUUAACUGCUAGCAGUACAUUUGCAAGUGGGUGAAGUUAUUCAAAACAUCAUUUGAAAACCAAUCUGUAUUGAUUGGUUUGGGAAGACACACAAGUCACACAGUGUAUUUCACUUCCUUGCCUGGGUGAGUACGGGUUGCAAGAAUCAGAGUUUGGGAAAAAUACUUGUAUUCUUGGGGGGGGGAAAUAGAUUGUUCUGGAUGCUACUGAGCAUAGAUUUCAAAGACAUUCACAGUUUGCUUUGACUCUGCUUGCUAGAAUAGCUCUAAAAGGCAGAAUGAAGAGGAUGUGAAUACAGCUGAUGUCAUUUCACUGAAACAGGUAUUCACUGAUAAUUUCUUCACAAGAUAAACCUAAUUGUCUCUCAUACAUCAAGGACUGUGACACCAUGCAGUUCAAUAUAUUAUAGGAAAAAAAUGUUAUCUCAGUGAGUUCAGUAUCCAGGAAGAGAUUUCAUUAUUCCCAAAGCCAGACCAAGGUGAAGCGUCCUGUGUGUUUAGUUCUGUCUCCACAGAGCAGCUGGGGGUGGGGGGGCUGACCUUGGCUGGAYGGGGGAAAAAAUGUCAUGGGAAAGCUCCUGGGUGRAGAUAAAGACAGGGAGAUCACCUACUAAUGGUUAUCAUAGGCAGAACUAACCUGACUUGGGCAAAAUGCAUUUAUUAACAAUUCAAAGUACAAUUGCAUAGUAAGAAACAAAGAUAAAAUUAAAAACACCUUUCCCUUGCCUCGUCCCUUCUUUCCAAUCUCAAUUCCAUUCCUUCAUUCCUGGCAAGCAACAGGGUAAAUUAUAGAAUCCAUUUAGAAAUUAUCUCAUACUAUACAUGCAAGCAGUGAGGAAUGGUCACAUCAAGAGUGAAWUAGAUUGAACUUUCUAAAUUCCUAAAGAAAUUGAAAUAUGCCUUCUGUUUCAAACCCAAAAGAUGGUUUGUGCUUUCAUAAUGAAAAGAUCUAUAUUAUUUUCAAAUCACUUUCCAAAAGGAUUUCAAAUAUCACUAUUGUCACUCAAGACAGAACUGAGCACAUUCAGUGAAGUCACAAGUAAACAGAAUAACACUUAUAGACAUAAUUGAAAAUGAUAAAUAUAAUUGGGAAGAUAUAUUUCUCAGAAAUAACAGAACUAGUAGGGAAAAUAGAUUAUCUCAGUUUUAAGUUUAAAUACAAUUUAUGAAAUAYGAAUAGAUGAGAUAAAUAGUAGAGAAUUCAUACUGUCACUCAGCUUGUCUUUCAAAAUCUUUCAGUGUCAUGAGAUCAUACUUUCUGAAAUUCUUGGAGCUGUCCAAGUCUGCAUUUUGCUCUUGGAGAGCAGCUCUCAGCAAAUGUGAUUUGCACUGAAUAGGCCAAAUAAAUUGUCCAGGAGAUUCAUGAGAUGAAAKGAGAUGAGAUACACUGGAGAAAUUCCCUUUAAUGGGCUUAARAUUAUCUGGGAGAAAAGUUUGAAACAUUUGUCUGGCACUUCUUGUGCCUUAGAGCRAGCAAAAUCUAAUUGCUAAAUUAAGCAAUACAGAGACUUUGUUCUUUCACAAAUGCCAGCUGGCGUUUGGAAGCCAUCUCACAAAGACUUCUCAUAUUCCUGUCACAUGUACCAACUCCACCCUGCAGCCCUUCCCUCCUGCCAUGGGUUUCUUCCUUCUGGAUGCAGGUACCAAUCUAAAUGUACUGCAGGGAGUAAAGUGCACAAUCACCACUGCACAAUUAYUUGGAUUUUCACAAUUUUUGGACUCACUGGAAUGCAAAGUGCAAUAUGGAUACUGUAUUUAAAAAUUCAUGCACCAAAUCCUGCUUAUGCAUUAAAAUAUGUCCAAUUCUCCUGGACCAAUAGGUAUGUAUGUUCCACUGUACAAAGCAGCUGGAAUUGUUGUGGUUGUUUUGAUGCCAUAUUUUUAAAUAACAAAAGAACAAGGCUUGGCUGUUGAGUUCAUCAAGGGCAAUUAAGAGUACAGUACAAUACAUUUAUUAAUUUGCCAGUUUUCCUGCCUAAAUUCUCAGGUAAAACUUGGUUUUUGGCAUACACAACAAUAUGGAAAUGUUGUUUGGAUAUGUUUUAUUUAGCUGGAUCUUAUUAGUGUCUCCAUUCAGAAUUCCUGCAGGUAAAAUGCCUCAGCCCACAGAUUUUCUCUGACACUCCACAAGCUGAGUCUUUUGGUUACUGGCUAUUUUUCAUUACAACUGAUUUAAUGCUCCCCCUGAGCUACUGAUUCCCCUCCUUUUUUAAUACUGUUCUGUAUUCAGUGACAUGUCAGAUCUUUGCAAGUGUCUUAAUAGCUCUCUCAGCAUUGCUUCCUGAGAGAACCGAGACAUUUCUCUUGGUUUCAUUAUUUUAAGUGAAAACUACCCUGAGCUUGCUCUAAUUGACACGAACAAAAAUCAGAGAAGGAGGAUGGGGUUCUUACCAGUAUAUUCAGCUCUCAGCUGCUGCCUUUUGAGCUGGAAAUGUGGCGCUCCAUGGCUUUUUCCAAGGAAAAAGAAAUGAGUGUUGCAGAGAAUUGUACAUGGCCUGUUAACUCUGCUCUUACUCCUCUCAGCAGUUACAGCCUUCCAGGCCAGAACACUCGUUCUUCAAGGUCUUGUGAAGGUCAGGAAAGGUACCUGUGAAGGAGUUACUUUACAGUGGCACUGGGAAUGGCUCAGCCUCCUCAAAAGUUGUAGAAUUCUGCUGCUGACCUUUAGGAGUUUUCACUUUAAAUGUUAAUAGGACUUCUGGGAGAAAAAUUAACAACCUGGUAGAAAUUGUUGAACUUAACACAAAUCUGAGGAGAACAAAGAAAAUUCUUCUUCUCUUUGUCUCAAGUAAUGCAAAUCAGGCCAAGGUUAUCACAUAACUUAUUUGCCAUAUUCUUUCCUCAUGUGGUCUUACCUGUCUUCCAAAAGURUUCUUUUCUGCCAAAAAAUAGCCGUAUCUAUGACCAUGGUGAUAUAGCUGGGGGCUGUUGAUCCUUGAGGUGGGAUAGCUCUGCUGRCCCUGUUUAUUUGCCACUAAAAUGGGUAUUAAGAGGAAAGAUGGAGGAAGCAAUAUCAACUAUUCAUUUAUAUUUGGGAUUAAAGAACUCUUUUUCUUCCAGAAUGUUUUCCUUAUUAAAGCUGAGGCUCAGGGUAGGUUUYUCAGGCAGGAUGCUGUGGGGAGAGGUCCUCUACCUCUGCUCUCAGAUGAAUUCAUACUGUGUGGCUGAGGCUCUUGAUGAGAGAGAUUUUCACAGAUCUGAGAAUCCCACCUGGGCCAUAUCAGCUGAUGGAUGGAAAUUACAUGGCUAUUUCAACCAAAAUUAAUGAGUUGUAUUUUCUUAGUUGAUGUUUAUAGUUAUUUUCUCUACCCUCAUUACACACAAGCGAAAUGUGGUGUUACUGAUCAGCUCCACUGUAACGUGUGGGCAGAGGACUCUCUACUGGGGUUCUAACUAAUAGAGAAAGAAACCUUUCUUAAAGCUUAUUUUCUAUUUUUUACGGGUCGUGCCACACUUGCACAUUCAGAAGAAGGUUUAUAAAUAGUAUUGUUUAAACUUUUAUCAGGUUUUAAGAUAGGUGAUGUACUACUGGGACCUCCUUUUACUAAAAGUAUUCAAAUAACUCAGACAGAAACUGCCUUCAGGAAAAGAACCAUAUUCACUCUUAAUGCAGGCCAGACAGAUAUAUCUUUAUUUUUAUUGAACACAUACAUGUGUUAGAAGUGACAAUUAGGGAKUUUAAGCAUUAAUGUCACUGUAUGAGCAGUAUUUGUAAGAAAGAAAUGUAGUAAAAAUUAUCAAAUCUGCCAACAACCUGCUGUUUGACCAGCUAAGCCCUGUAGCUUCUGUCCUCACAUUUCUAGAAUAUCGUUCAUCCUCAGGUGUUGGUGAGGGUAUCAAUACAGAUCUUUUUACGAACAGUAAAUGCGUCUGUCCGAAUGCUGCAGAUUAACUAAGGAUGUCACAAUGCAUAUUAACUAUUGCAUUUUUUCACUAGCAACCACAGAACAAAUACGUCUUAACAAACUGUGUUCACUGGCCAAAAUACCAGUAAGACCCUGUUACCAGUUAAGGCUUCUGUUUUACUGAGAAACAAGGAUUUCAGCAUAAAAAUCUGAAGAGAAAACAGGUUAGGAUAUAAGAGAAAUGCACUAGUAUUAAUAAACUUUUUACAUUUGACACAUACUGUAUUACAAAGACAAUAUCCUUGUAAGACCAUUAAUUGCUGGGCCAUAGGUGACUUCCGUCUAGGUUACUAAAUAGCUAAUAAACCUUGUAUAGAGCCUUUUUUAGAUAACGCUUACAUGUAUGGAAAUGUAUGACACCCUUGUACUAUGGCUUGCACUUUACUUGCAUUAAACUGUGAAGUAGGCUGUAGUAAUGUCUUUGUAUAUUCAGGGGUUGAAAUACCAAAGCACUGGAGUCUCAUACUGCUGGUGUUCAACCUGUCCAAUGUGCUGACAAACGUGUAUUUUGCAAACCCCACCAACUUCAAAUCUUUGGCAAAUAACGCUAUGGGGUCUCCAUGGUCUUUGUUUCUUUGUAAAUAUAAACAUUCUUACCGUUUCUGUAGCAAUAGGAGGUUGUAAACCAAACUUUCACUAGGACUGUUUUCAAAAAAAAAAAAAAAAAAAAAAAAAAACCUAAAAAAUCUAUAGCGCCUUGUAUAAAAAUCAUGGAGACUCCAUGACCUGUGGGCAUUUUUGUUUACAAGCAGUAUGUAUAUAUGUAUUAGAGGCAGAACUGUUAUUUAUCACAAAGUUAUAUUGUGGAUGAUUCUUUCUUAAAUAAWUAUAUGUUUUCUGUCAUUAAGAAAAAUAAGUAUUUUAGAGCCAUCUCAAGAAGUUUGAAGUGUCAAGCUUCAAAUACGAGUAAUCUUCCAUGUUUCAGCCUUGUUUUUCUAAUCAGCUGGGAGAUGACCUGAGAGGGAAUGGAAAACCCCCUGUCCAUGCCAGGGAAAAUGUUGGAAUUGUAAGUUUUUGAGCAUUCUGCAACUUUUCUAUAAUGCCCAUUGUGCUUAGCGCUUUGAUGAGCAGAUGCUCCAUCGAUACCGCAGUAAAUCCCUCAGCUCAUGGAUGCUACAGAGAGAAAACCAAUGGUUUUCAACCCCUGGAUAAUACAGUAUUUCUUCAGUUUCACGACAGUAUUUUUAAUUUUAUACUUGUCUAUGUUGAGAGAUGAUCCAAUAGUUUCUAUAGGCAAUGAACAUUAGGUUUCUUUUCUCCCUCUUUCCAGAUGAGUUCUGUGUGAAUUACUGUAACCGGCUGCGUUUUUUCUAUCACAGAUUAAUAACUUGUUAACUUUUUGUGUGUCUACAAUGAAAAUUUAUGAAUGGAAAACUUCACUGUGUGUUGCUCACUGGGCAUAUACCUCAUGGUACAUUGCACAGACGUGUAAGUUGUAAGUUGCACUGCAACAUUAAAAAAAGGAACAUAUUGCUCUUUUUUCAAAGAUAUUAACUUAUUUAAGAGAUAUAGUCUGUACAUUAUUAAAAAAACAAAAACAGAAACAAAAACAAAACAUUUAUUCUUCCUAAAUUCAAACAAAGCUUUUGUUUUUGGGGGGGGGGGGGGAAGAGAAAAAGUUGUAAACUUCAGUUGUAAAUUUGGACUUCAAUAAACGAAUUAUCUGCACUUAG